CUUCUGAUGCACAGUCUUACAAUAAUGGCUCCUCGUUGUGCUGCUGUUAUGGCGGAUGUGUUGCAAGUGCUGAGUGCAGUCACUGAUACAAAGACCAUGCAUCAUCAUACUCUACAGUGCCAAUAUUGCAGUAGUCGGAGACAAUUCCAUUGUUACGCAUUGGAAGGAGCACUUUCAAUAUCAAUAAACAUGAUCAAUGUCUUUUAUUACUUGUGGUAUUAGUAUGGGUCUAACAGAAGUCUCACUGUGUAAUACACAUUAAUAUGUUGCUAUUAGAUGAUUGUCUCUAUUUAACCUGAGAAAGGACCAGCUAUCUAUUCACAGAGUGGUUUAGUUUUCUAUUCAGCAACCCAUAAAGGAGGAGGAAGAGAUGUGGUUUAGACAACAGGGUGGGUUAGACAACAGGGUGGGUUAGACAACAGGGUCUAUUCAGAGUGUUGGCUGGCUCAGGGCGUGUAGAAUUCAAUGUAAAAGGAUACAGCUCUAUUUCUGUUCAGGUACGUUAGAGGGUUAGGGUUGUUUUUUUGCUUAUAUAUUCACAACUCAGUUGACUGGUUCACGUGUCAUGUCUCUCUCUCACUUUCUUCUCCAUCUCUUGCAUUUUCUCUCAUUUCUUGGCUUGUCUUCAUUUGUUCUUUUUUUAGUCUUUAUUUCUAGAUUUUUUUUUUAGUUUAUUUUUGGCCUUUAUUUGGAUACGAGAGUGAAGGGAGACAGGAAAUGAGUGGGUGGUGGGAUUGGAGGUGGGAUUGGGUAAUGACUGCGGGUCGGAUUCGAACCCGGGACCCUCUGGGCGCUUGGACCCGUACAUGGUUGGUAUGCUGCUGCUCCCCCCAUUUCUGUACUUUUCUCUCUUUCUAGCCUCUCUUACCUCCUUGGUGUGUAUAAUGUCUCUCCUUUCUCAUCUGGUAUCUUUCUCUAUCUUCCCUCCUCUCUCUCUCUCUCUCUCUCUCUCUCUCUCUCUCGCUCUCUCUCUCUCUCUCUCCCCUUUUCUCCUUCACUCUCUCCUUUCCUCUCCUCCUCUAGACGACAUGGUGUUUGAGCUGCGCUGGUUUCUGACACGUCUCCGCGGCUCCGACAGCCCGGUGCUGCUGGCCACCAUGGACCGCCGUGGCGCGGUCAAGAAGAGCCCUCGCAACGACAGCAGCGACGUGAGCCUGGAGCGCUCAGGCCCGCGCUCCUACACGCUCAGCGUCUACAGUGCCCAGGACAGCGACACGGGGGAGUACCACUGCGGCGCCACCCCCUGGAUACGCUCCCCGACCACAGGCAGCUGGAGCCAGGCGCCGGCCCUCACCUCCGCCAGGGUCUUCCUCAAUGUCAAGUUUGCCUUGUGGGACUCCAUGAGGAUGCCGCUGCUCUACGGGGUGUGUGCGGCCGCCGCCAUGGGGCUCCUGUCCCUGUUGCUGGGGCUCAUUUGCACCCGCUGCUGCUGCCGAAACACCGCCUACACCCCGCGCCCCCGCAACAAGCUCAUGGAACUGGAGAUGGACUGACAACGACUGUAGAGCCCCCCUCCUUACUGGACCAGUGCUAAGCAUAUCCCACCUACUACCAGUACCAUGAGAAGGGUAGUGGCAUUGUGUGUUAUUGACCUCUGGAUUCACCAAUGAGGAAAGGGGAGGGAUAUGAUUGGACCAGGAGGAGGAGGGAGGAGCCACUGAGCAACCAAUGAAGGCCUCCAGUGUGAGCCUAGAGAUGUUAUUGCACCUGACUCCUGGCUGGAUUAUUAGCAAACUUUAUUUUGAAUGACUCUGAAGAAGCACACACACACACACAAACAAAGCAACAGAGCUUUAAACAGAGCCACGAUGUAGGAAAAGCACUUCAUGUGAAGCUUAGAAGAUCUUUUACUUCUUCAGCAAGGUUCUGUACUCAAUGACCAUGGCCUUGCCAACCAAUAUUAUGUGAAUCUGUAGAAGGAUUCUGCCAUAUACACUAAAGCCAACAGAACACCCAGCAUCAGGGUUUAAUACUAAAAUACUAAUAUGGAUGGUGCUAACAAAUACACUGAAAGCAACCCUUAUAUGGGAAAAGUAGUUCUUAGAAGAUAUGUAGAAGUGGAAAAAUCCAGUGAAUUGGAUUGUUUGUGGUUUAAAUGUGGAGACGUAUGCACUGACUGACUGGCCGACUGACUGGACGUUUGGACUGACUGAAAGCGACAAGCAGAGAGGCCAGUUCCUGGUGGGGUUGACCCUGUGCCUUUGCCCCAGACUCAAGGGCCCCCUAGGGCAGCUCCGGCGACUGCUCGUCCAUCUCUCCAUCCAAGAGGAAGUGGAGCUGAAACACUCCCCCACCCACCUUCCUCCCCUCUCCACGCCAUCCACAUGGCAUUGUGAAAGAUCAUCUCAGAUGAUGGUGACCUCGUCUCUUCUCGUCGUUUUCUCCCUCUCGCAUUCAGCUGCAGGGCGUUGACCCUGGAUGGGACCCCUAGUCUGCCCGUGUCCGACUGUGCAGGUCUGUGUGUGUAGCUGCAGCAUUGUGGCCCUUUUCUCUGGGGCCAUCGUCCAGCCGGCAGAGACCCACAGAGACCCACAGAGACCCAGGAACAAAAGCACUCCCCUCCCCACCCCUCCCCUCCCUCCUUAUGGAGUUUCCCCAGUGAGCCUUUCACAAAAAAAAAGAGAGAGAAAAAAAUGCAAGAUGGCUAAUCUCUCCAGCAUGUCAUUGUCCUCCCACACACCCUCCCACACACACACACACACACACACACACACACGUACACACACACACACACACACACACACACACACACACACACACACACACACACACACACACACACACACACACACACACAGACAAAUUCACCAUCCUUGUAUGCCUACUUGGCCCAUUGAUCCAACAGAAAGGGUUUCUUGUGAAGGGGACCAGAUGGAUUGAAUCUGCAGCCAGUGGCAUCCUGGGUCCCUGAUCAGUGACAGGUUUAUUACACAAGAGCGCCACCCUGGUGGACGCAAUAAUUAUGCCAUGACAACACGACACUGAGGUGGGACUUCACUGUUGAGCACUGAUAUGUUUUGCUGUUGUUUCAAUGUUGAUAUCAUUAUUAUUAUUAUAUUGUUAUUAUUAUUAAUAAUAUUAUUAUUUCUAGUUUUGUGUCAACUUGAAAUUCUAUUGUGACAUUUUUAGCAUAUUUUGAGUAUUUCUUGAUGCUACCACGCCAAUGCCAGUUGAUUUUGACUGCGUGUGUUUGUGACAUUUUCUUCCUCUAGUAAGGGUAACGUUUGAUCAGGUUUUGUAUAUUUCAUUAGAUUUUACACCGUUCUGGAUAAAAAAUGAGAAAUUGGCAGUAAAUGUUUUAUAUUGA